GUACCACAAACUUAAGAGGUCCCAGUGUCAGACAAGAUGAUCUCGAUGUCAGCAUUGACGUUCAUGAGGCUUGUGCUGUACUAUUCUGGUGGGUAUCAGUUUAAUUUCGAAGGAAUAUUUACGGAGCCACAACCAGUUGGAAAAAAGCGUAAUAAACGACUUUUCGAAUUAAAACGGAUCGUCCUAUAGAUAUUUGGGGGGGGGGGUUCAACAGCUCUUACAUGUACAUGAAGCAACAUUUGACAUCAGCAAUGUCGAUAGCGUUAUGUUUGUAGAUAGAAAUAAGAGAGAUGGUAAGUUUUGAGCUCGGUAAAGAAAUAAAGAAAGAUAUUUUUGGUCUUGACAUAAAAGAUAUAUAUGCACCUGUAGCACUACAUAUAUGCACAUACUGUGAUACAUAAAAUGUACACUCAGAAGCUAAGUAGUUUUCAAAAUUACACCAUCACUAUUAUUGUGGAAUUUUGCUCUUAAAAUAUAUCUGAUCAAAUUGUGAGCCUUGUUCACGAUAAUUUCUAUACUCACUGCCUUGCGGAGGAGUGGGGCUGCAGCAUCUCCCUUCUCAACCACCCUGUGGCCGGGGCCUGUGGUAAGAGUGAUAGGGGGCUACUACAGGGAGACUAACGAGAGUAAUCAAAUGACCAAUAAAAGCACUCGCUGGCUGUAGAGAGAACGGGUGAUUCCAAUACUGCAGCUAGCAAGCAGCCAACUAGUACACAAGGCAAAGAUUAUUCUGACUAACUCUGGCUUUUAAGGGAUGAAAUUGAAUCGUAAGUUUUUGCUCAUCGACUGAAAAACCUACAUUCAAUUUAAUAGAUGUUCGCAUCCGUUUAACUGGUUCCAACGUGACAUUCGCUGGACGUGUUGAAAUCUUUUCUUAUGGAGUCUGGGGACGUAUCGAUGGAUCUUCGUCUUGGGAUAGAACAGAGGCUGAAGUGGUAUGCAGGCAGCUUGGCUUCCCAGGCGUUGUCACGGCCUUGAAAUAUUCACCGUUUGGAGAAGGGUCCGGACCAGUCUUGAUGUCUUACGUGAGUUGCACAGGAAGUGAGAAGACUUUACAACUAUGUCAGUACCGAGGCUGGCUUGAGAGUAAUGUCUGGGAAGGCAGAGAAGCGGGCGUAAUAUGCAAGACCCAUGAACUUGAUACUGAUGUCCGCGGUAAGUAUCUGAAUUAAAUUUCAAGCGUCCAGAAAGGAUUUCAUGCAGCUUGCUUUGGGUAAUUUUUUGUACAUGCUUUUAUAGUGAUAAAAAGUGUACAAUAUAAGAAAGUCAAGCAAACUUCAUGAAUUAAAAAUCCUAUACGUCAGUAAGAUUUUGUUUGUGGUUUGGCCGUGGAUAAUAACAUAUUCAGGUCAUUUUCUUCCCCUGAGGUGAUGCAUGGGCGACUAGUGUUGGUCAUAGGUUUUGAAAGAAGCAUUCAAGGAAAGUACUUCGCCCAAGAAGCUGUUUGGGUAUAUCCUUUGAUAAUGUUGGAGAUCUGAGUAUAAUCUUAAACAUUUCCGACGGAUAAUCAACACAAAUGAAAUGAAUCUUCUUCUGAGUCGUGAAUGCAAACAAAGAAUUUUCAUAAAUAGACUGUGGUUUAAGAAAUUUCAGAAAAAGAUAUUGGAAAAAAUAUCAAUCUUGGAAGGGAUCCGAACCCUUAAUUCCCAGACAGUUGAUUUAAUUUGGCGGUAGACAUCACUACUACUUUUACUGAAAUAUGUACCAAUUAGAAUAAAGCAGCGUGCCUGUUGCCUAAUCGAGACUGAGAUAGUGAUAGUAAUCACAAUCAGUGACAUAAUUGCUCUUUCCAAAUGUUUCGAGCUCUGAACCGGAAACAAUUAAGUCAUGUUCAAUAUUUUAAAAAUAACAGCAAGUAUCAGAAUACUAUAUAGUUUAGGAAAAGAGUGCCAAAAAAAUUGCGAAAUGCACAACCCACCCCACAGAAAAGGUUUGGUGCCAUAUUCUUGCCAUAAAUGUCAACACGAUGUCAAUUUUUAAACUGAUAGCCUUGUUCAAUUUAUUUUCACUGAUGGUUAUGUUUUAUUAAUUCGUUUUAGAUAUUUCAAUUCGCCUUCAAGGAUCCUCUAUUCCUAAUGCUGGUCGAGUAGAAGUGUUGUACGCAGGAAUCUGGGGAGCAAUCAGUGACACAAACUGGGAUAUAAACGACGCUACUGUGGUGUGUCACCAGCUUGGUUACCAAGCUGGUGCAGAAGUAGCUUUGGCAAACGGUGUAUAUGGGUCGGUCAGCGGUCCUGUGUGGAUUACUGAUCUUCAGUGCUCUGGAAGUGAAGCUAACAUAAGGAGCUGUUCUCAUGAUGGGAUUGGUAACAAGUCUGAAUCACAAAAUCCACAGAACAUUGCAAGUGUCAUAUGCAAGGAUUUGUCCCAGGCAAAUGGUAAGCGGUUUGUAGCUUUGUUUUUUCAGAUAUAUUCAAGAGCAUGGCAAUAUUUAUGUGUUGUUAAUGCUUACUUCUGCACCAACUAUGCCCACUAGCUUUGCUUAGCAUAGUAUAUCUAUAACAGGCGAGAAACCGAAUUAUGAUAAUACAUUUUCUGGUAGACUUGAUAGCCUUAUAGAUGGAGGAUUAGUGUUUUGAGAGCACUAACCGGACACGGAAGCUCUUAAGUUUUAGUUUGCCUCUCGAUAUACUGGUACUGAAAAAUGCGGUUCUUUAAGUUUAUACCUAUCAUGAUUUUUAGUUGUGCCUUAUUAGUGGGUGCCAACGAGCCACUUUACCACAAGUCCACUUAGUGGUUAAAUCUUGUGCACGAAAGCUGCCUCGUAAAGAGGUCGCACAGCUUUUACUUCUCGUAAUAGUGUUCUGUUGACAUCUUGAUUAUUCAAGAGCUGAAAUGUUUGCAUUUGCAUACACUGAGGUCGAAUAAAUGUACCAAAAGCCACAGAACUGGCUCAUACCAUAACUUGAUUAUACAGAAGUUAUGUUGUGUUUCCAUUGAGUGCCUCAGAAAACAAAAUCCUUCAAACUUUUAAGUGUAACGCGACCCCUAAUUAUAUGCAAAUGAGAGGUAGAAUUGUAAAUUUAAGUGAGACCCACCUAUACACUCAGAAGUUUUGUGUGACCUUCUCAUUCCUGCAAAUGUUACCGUAAAAUCUCAAUAAACCUCGACUUACAGUUAAGCUUGAUUUUAUAAUUGUAGGGGACAUCACGGUAUGAUAAGUUGAAUAUACCAGGCGUUGGUUCUUGUCCCGCUAUAAUCAUUUUACUAGACCUGUUCCUCAAUAAGAGUCUCUCUCCCACAAAGGAACGUAAGACACUUCUUCGCUUUCUGUAAGGGAAAUGAAAACCUGAGACGGAAAGGUGUCGACCUUUAGAUAAAGGCGACUAUACUUCGAUUAACGGUCGACAUAAUUUUUUAAUUCAUUCUUUUAUACCUAGGAAUGCUGGUUAGGCUAAGGGGAUCUCCUUCGCCAAAUAUGGGACGAGUGGAGGUUUAUUAUGCAGGAAAAUGGGGUUCAGUUUACGCCUCCGGUUGGGAUAUCAGAGAUGCUACCGUUGUCUGCCGCCAGCUGGGAUACACAACAGCAUUACUGACAGGAAGAGGACUAUUUUGCUCGCCCACUUUGCCAAUUUUCUUUCGAAACUUCAGGUGCUAUGGAAACGAAUCAGCGUUAGAACAUUGUGCUUGGGAUUUCUUUGGCUAUACCUGGUCAAGGUCUUACUGUGCAAAUGUUUUGUGCAGCAAUGGUACAGCUGAUUCAGGUGAAUAUCAAUUUUGCACACUCCAUAAACAUUUAAGGACUAGAAAAUUGAACGGAAACCAGUUGCUUCUACUUGUAAGCCGUGUCGUGCGUACAUCUUACCUCACUGGUUUCGUAGUCUCAAUGACUAUGUAGUCACUCUACAUAUGGAUCGAGAUGUUUCGAACACAUGCUGUUAGUGCACUUCAGGCGAUAGAGUGAACCGGGUUAACGUCAUCUUGAUUAUACCUAGCAGUGAUUGGGUGGUAUUCAUGGUUCAUUACGAAAAAAUGUUCCUCCAUCGUUCCAUUGUCGCAAAGCUCUCCCAUUGUCGUCUUUUUUUUAUCGUUGGCAUCCAUGAUUCUGGGAUUUCUAUUCCUCUGUCCUUUUAACAAUUGUAAUGAGAGUAAGAAAAAUUUCGUUUCGUUCCAGAGCUUGCAGGAUUUCCUGUCAGUGCGGUUAGGUUUACAUCGGUGAGACUGGAGAACCGAUGCAAGAGAUAAUCAAGAAGCAAGACAGAGAUAUUCGAUUCGCUAAAACACCGACUUGCACCACUCUAGAACGAAAUAAAAUGUACUAAACAUGAUCCCCAUUUUAGACACAGUGUAAAAGAUACCUUUGGUUUCGUCAUAAUCGACAAUGAAUUUUUUGUACGUAUCUCUCCUAGGAUUUGAUAUACGUCUUACAAAUUCUGCUGUUAGACACGCUGGUAGGUUAGAGCUUCGAAUACACGGAAUUUGGGGAACUAUUUAUUUUCAUCAUUAUUCCAUACAAUGGACCAGUUUGGACAGAGUAAUAUGCAGACAGUUAAACUUCUCUGAUAGUGUCCUUGCAGUUGGCGGGGCCGCGUUUGGACCGGGAAAUGGCCCUCAGUGGUAUGAAGACUGGAAUAUACAUUGCCUUGGAGACGAGAGUAAUCUACAAAACUGCACUCAUUAUAGACAGCCUCAAUUAACGAUCCAUGAUCAUAACGAAGAUCUCAGUGUCAUUUGCAAACCAAGAGCUGCGCAAGCCAAUGGUGAGUUACUACUUCAUUUCUGAGCAGUUUGGAUAAAGGCUUACUCAAUCAUUUGCAGACUCAGUUGUAGGAAUUUUUUAAAAAGGUUGGUGAGGUCUAUGAAUUAUGCGUUAGAGCUAUACGUAUGUUAUUAGAGUUCUCGAAAUUGUGCGUUGGGACUUUUGCAUCCAUCUCUCUUGAGACUUUUGUUAAAGGUGUCUCAGAACCUGUCUUCAAUGACCUAGGUCAGAUAACAUCUAAUGUAGUGUUUGCGUACCUUUUUUGGAACUAUCAUUAUGCUUAAGACACAGUGUAUCGUUGAGAUAAGUUAAAGGGAGGUUGACGCUAAAAUGAUGAAAAGUAUCCAUGAUUUCAAAAAUGUUUUUCAGACUUCAAGGUUCGCUUGACUGGAUCUAGUUUCAGUGUUGCUGGUACAAUCGAGGUGAUGUAUUACGGAGUCUGGGGAGGAGUACUUGGCUAUGGUUACUUUGAUAUUAAGGCAGGUCAUGUGGUGUGUCGUCAGCUGGGAUAUUAUAGCGCCGAUGAAAUUUUCCAAUACGCAGCUUUCGGACGAUUAAAAGGUCCAUUGUGGAUAUGGAGGAUACAUUGUAAUGGGAAUGAAUCGAACAUCUCAGAUUGUGCAGUGACAACUUGGGACAAACACUUUCCGCACGGAUGGUGGGAAUCUUAUUUACAACGUCCAUAUUUUGCAGCUGGUGUUUUAUGCAGACAGGCAAACUUCAUCCCACCACAAAGUAAGCCAUAAAUGGUCGUUUUGUUUAAUCUAGGUUUAGUUAUAAUGGCUCAACCCACUCUUCAAAUUCAACGACACUUUCAGUUGCGACCUGCGGAUAGAAGCAAAGAAGACAAGACAUUUUUGGGAUUUACUAGUUCAUUUUUUUCGGUUUUUAAUGCUGUAUCGAACACUUUUUUUGCUUCUUAGAAAGCCUCUGAAAUAAGGAAUACAGAUUCUGUGUUAGAGACUGAAACAACUUUAGGCAAAAGUGUUUAAUUAGAAUAGGUCUACGUCUCGUGUUUCUCCAUACACUUCUUUCGUGCUCUAGCCGCUUCCUGCGUUUUCAACGACAGAACAGAGGACAGUCAAGGCUUCUAUAUUUGUUAAACAAAAGUCGGCAUCACGAAUUAGCUGCCUUUUUUUCUGACGAGGUGUAAAUAGGCGUCAGGAAGUAAGAACUGACUAACAAUACAAUUGAGUGGGAUAAUUCUAAAAUUAUCACCACUAAUCGGCGUUACCAUUAGUGCCUUUGUUUGGAAGCGUGGCAUAUUAACUCCGCCCACGCUCCUUUAAAACGCGAUGCCUAUUUACACCUCGUCAGAAAAAAGGCAGCUAAUUAGUGAUCAUGUUAAAGGACUUAUUGUUGCAGCGUUUAGAUCACUCCUGAUGAAGGCACUAAACAGGUGUGUCGAAACGUUGGGUCUAUGAAUUGUAACUUUUUCGGUUACAUUCAUUCAAACCAGAGUAGCAUCAAACUAUGUCUGCUAAAUAACUGUUCUCAACCGAGUACUUGUGUAAAUAUUGGGCUGUAGAAUCUGCACAGAUUUCGCUUUCAAAGGCUGGUGAUAUUGUCGUGGGAAAUGAGUACCAGAUGGUCUCUAACCUAAUGGGUCAAGAAGUGUCGUUAAUUUGGGUUUCCCAAGACCCACGAGUAAAACCUGUCUGUCAUUGUCUGCUUUAGGAAUAAAAAACUAACCACCAGCAAUAUGACUCAAUAGAAAAUUUUCCCUUAGUCAACUCACAUGACAAAAAAAUAGACAAAAACUGACUGUGGAGGUGAAGGGUUUGAAGUGAAUGUGAUAUUUGCUGACUCACAAAUAUUGUGAGAAGAUUUUCCGCAAAAACUGAAAUUUGGCAAGUGAAAGGGAACAGAAACGUGUUGGUUAAAAAAAAAAUCCGUUGAGUUGAGUCCUCUCAGUUCCAUAACUAUAAUGAACAACAAUUGCAAAGAAAAAUCCUAAACCGAGGCUAAAAUUCAACCUCAACAUAUAUCUUACUGGCGGAGUUGGAACCUGAACUACCAUGACAACUUAUUUUUUAAUUCUUAGCGUUGAAUGUGAGGCUCGCUGGUGCUCCAAUUAGUAAUGCUGGACGAGUAGAAGUGUUUUACUUGGGAGACUGGGGAACAGUAAAUAACUGGGGAUGGGACCUCAAUGCUGCUCACGUGGUAUGCCGCCAGUUGGGGUACCCUGCAAGCCUUUCUUUUGGUUAUAAUAAUCAGUUUGGUUCGAGGAAAGAGCCGGAAUGGUUCUGGAACGUGAGAUGUUUUGGCAACGAGACCAAUCUUGGAGAAUGUACAAAAGAUGUGUAUGGUUACACUUCCAGUGGAUCAUGGGGUGUAACAGCAUUAUGCAAAUUACCAUAUCAAGCAGGUGACCUAUCUACUUUUUGGACACACGCUGGUGUUGAUACAUUUUCAUAAAAUGACCUCCUCACGAUCUAAUUCAAAUUUUCAUUGAGACAAACGUAUUCCAAUAAUGUACCCAGCCUUACUUUUUUCCUGACUCAAGUGAGGUAAAGGAAUACAAAAACACACGAAACACGUAGGACGAAAAAAAAAAAACACAAAACAAAACAAAGCAAAACUAAAAAUCCGAUACAAAAACACGGGGAUGUAGUGAGCUGUACACAAUUUUUGGUAUUCUCUUUUCUGGAUUUUCCUUCCAUCCGUCCCACAAUAAUGCCGUUGGUCCAAUCUUACACCACAUACAUGCUAUUCCAUUUACGCAAAAAAAAACAUAUACGAUUAAAUAUAAUGGGGAUUUCACGACUCUUUUAUCUUUGCAAACUGAUUUUAUUAUCUAAAGCCGCCUCUCAUUCUCUUUUCCAAUGAGUACACUAAAGAUAUCCAAGAAUAUUCUCUACUUUCCGCUUUUAUUUGCCUAGACAUUUCUUCAAAAUGUUAUGAGGUCAAAUGUCAACAUCAAGGAACCUGCAUUGACACUGGAGGUGGUGCUAUUUGCAACUGCACAGAGGGAUUCACAGGAAUCCAUUGUGAAAAAUGUGAGUAAAGCAACUUUUUCAAAACUUUUUGUCAGAUUGCAGCUGCUUAAAAGUUUUAAAAAAUUGUUUGUAAUAAACACAGCGAUUAUGAAAAUGGAAUUUGAGCAAGCAACAUUACAGUUUCAAGCUGUAUACGUGAAAGAUAACCACCAGCGAGCAGAUUGUGUUUGGAAUGACACGAACUGAUUAAACGGAUGUACAUUCGCAUAUCAUGUACCAUAUCAAAGUAAAAAAAAAAGAUACGUCUAGGGGAUUCAGAUUCCCUUUGUUAGCUUCAUGCGCUAACCAUAACCGUAAGUAACGCUCCCAUCUUGAAGGGGAAUACUACGAUUGAAUUCAAAACAUUGAUUUUUAAAGAUUGCAAAGGGUUAAGAAUAAUCUUUCCUGAGCUCACCGCAUACCAGACGCAACAGAAAUCUAGUUCACCCGUCUUUCUCUGCUUUGAGGGUUUGGAUGUGAUUUACCUUGUUUGAGCCUCAAAACUUACUAAUUUCCGCUAAUCGGUUCAAAAAGCUAAUGCAUAUAUAUUUAUUUCCUGGUACUCUAGCUAUGCAAAAACUUGCAUAAUCUCAGGAGGUAUCUACACGAACUUGUGUUAUUACUUUCUUACCAUAUAGACCAAAGUGAUCACUUUAGUCAGGGUAUCUUAUUUUGUUCGUCUUAUUCCUGUAGCAAUAUCUAAUCCAUGUCAGAGUUCUCCAUGUAUGAAUGGUGGAAAAUGUUUUGGCAAUGAAUCUUCAUAUAUCUGCUCGUGUCCCGAUGGGCUCUCGGGACAUCGUUGUGAGGAGCGAAUUACCAUCAGUAAGUUUAUUUGACUUCUUCUGUUGUUGCAAAUCAAUAGAACUAUGGGGUUAUGUUUUGCUUUUAAUUCUCUUUCCUUUCCUCGUUAAAUUGAAAUCUUUGUUUGAAAAUAAUUGUAUCCAUGUUGAGCCCUAAGUUCUAACUAGCGACCAAAUAAAGUUAUGCUUAUGCAACUUGCGUCACAACAAAUAAGAUAUGAUAAAGUUUAUUAGAGGGCUGCACUCCUCCCAUGUUUCGAAUUGGUUAAUCGAGGUGUUAAUUUUUUCGUUUUGCUACUUUGCAGCCAUGAAACCGUGCCAGAGCCACCCGUGCCCAAACAAUGCAUUUUGCCACGAAAAUGAAACUCAUUUCUCCUGUGUUUCUAAUGAAGCACAGAAUUCAGCUUCUUUACAGACCAGUGGUGAGCUUUAGCUUUUUUAUGUGUUCUGUUGUCUAUUUUUUUCUCAAAUUCGUCAUUAAUUUAUCAGGCUGUGACAAAGAAAAUUGUAAACGUGAUAUUGGUAAGGAUACAUUAAGUGCAUCAAAGGCCACGAACUGUAUAUUUUUACAAUUUCAAAUACCUCGAACUUUGUUAAAAACGAACGCCAUCUGGGAUGCCUUGGAUGCGUCCUUUUUCAUCAAGUUUACUUUGAUAUCAUUUUUGCUCCACAGAUAGGUCCUCCCAGAACGGAAGUACAAUCUCAAAGACUACUUAUAUCAUAACAUUAUCAAUUCUUGUAUCUCUUGUGUUCCUUCUCAUUGCUGCAAUUGUUUACGUUAUCUUUCAAAAUCGAAAGCUUUCUAAAGUUAGACUUAGAGACCAACAGGCAACUUUUAGCAACAUGGCCUACAGGAGCGAUAAAGAGGAAACCUACUACUGUGACGAAAUCGACCUGGGAACAGGAACUAAUAACAGUUCAAUGCCAAAGAGGGACUCGGACAACACUAACCACUUAUAUGAAAUAGCUCCCACUUUCCAUGAAACGGCCACCUCUCGACCUCUUCCACCAAUUCCACCACCGCAUAAGGCGGCAAGAAUGAAUCCGCAAGCUGCUCGUAAGAAAGCCAACCGGGGAAAUGGCGGUUUAAAAACGAAAGGAGCCUUGGAGGGGUCAAAGAGGGCUACGACAGAGGCCGGAGAGCAUUACAUGGCUUUAUCAAAGGAAAACAACAGCACUGCCACACGAAUUGUCUCAGCUGAUGGAGGACCGAAUCCCAACGAAUAUAUGUCUCUGUCACCAAACAGGCACGGAGAUAUUUCUCAUUCAUAAAGUCAUUAAGCGUCUAACUUCUAAAGAUCGAUUAACAUGACAAAGAUAGAAAAAGAUGCAAAGAUCUGAAAAGAGGAGACUCAGAAAAAUUUGCUUUAUUCUUAGUGCAAACUUGUAUUGUGUUGCAAAAUUUGUUCACCUGGGUUCCUACGCGUGUCUAUUCCUUCAAACAAAACAUUAUUCCAAGAAAACCAAAUACCUAGCAUCUAAAAAGCAUUUAGUAUGAUCGAAGGCCUAGUUUGAAUUCAUCAGAGAAUGGAGACAGAAGUUAGUAGUGUAAACUCUCUCUUAUAACGCUUUCUCGAGCAAUACGCUUUUGUACACAGGCCCUGCUUAACGUAUUAUACGCCUUUUGCGUCUCUUAGU